AUGGAAGAAACUAAUCUGGAACCAGGUACUACAGAUGCUGCAGCAGAAACCGAGACAUCGGAAGAAGAUCAGCAAGAGGUCAGUUAUGUCAAUGGGCAGAGUUGGCAGUUCAAAAACUACCAUCCAAACCCUAAUGUGAGGAACAACCCGCAUCUGUUCUCAUACAAGACCAAUCUUGACAACACCAACGACAGACCUCAAGGAAAUCAGUUCCAAAACCCUGGAUAUCAGAAGCCAUACUCUCAGAAUCAGAAUGGAAAGAUGUUCAUCCUCAGCCAAGCUCAGAACCAGUUUCAGAACAGCCACAUAAGGAAGAUGGAUGUCCAGAUUUCUCAAACAGCUGAAACGAUAAAAAUGCAACAAGGAACACUCCCUGGGAAAACAUGCAAGAACCCCAAGGAUUGUAACGCAGUCGAGCUGAGAAGUGGAAGACAUCUCCCAGAUCCUGUCCCCAAAAAGCUCACUGCUAAAGAGAAGGGAAAACAGAAAGAGGGAGAACAACCUGAGGAUGUCUUGGACGACGAACAAGACGCAGAACAGCCAGCUGUGAUAGAACAAGUAGCUCUUACGACGCCAGAUCGGCCUGUUCCUGCUCGCGUCUACACUCCAAAAGUUUCCUACCCAGUCCCUGCUAAGAAAUCACACAAGGAUUGCGAAGAGAUGAAGUGCAAAAAGAUGCUAGAGAAGUUGAAUGUCAAGCUAUCUCUCAUGGACGCAAUUCAGAUGAUUCCUUCAAUGCGCAAUCUUGUGAAUGGGCUAAUCUCUGGGAAAACCUCUGCAUAUAGCGAUAUCGUGAUGAUUGGAAAAACAGUCUUGGCUUGUUCUUUAUGUUAUCUAGCUUUCAGUGUUAAUCUCAUGCUCUACUCAGUUGCAAAACGCAUGGGACUAACCAACUUCAAGCAUACUAGGAUUUCGUUGGUGUUCGCGGACAGAUCAGUCAAGCUGCCAGUAGUUGUUCUCGAAGACCUGCAAGUUCAAAUUGGUGACACCACUGUUCCGGCGGAUUUCGUGGUUCUGGAGCUCGAAGAUGAACUGAAAGACCCUCUCAUUCUGGGCCGACCUUUCCUAUGCACAGCUGGUACAAUCAUUGAUGUACGCAAUGGGAGGAUCAAUCUCCAACGGGAGAUAUUGUGA